AUGUCUCUUUUUCUUGACUUCCCCUGCUCACUACCGGGCAAGACGAAAGUUACCGCCGUGGCGUGGUGUACAGUUGAGCCAAUUUGUGCUAUUGUAACAGAUGACCAUUGUAUUUCUUUCUACCUCGAAGAGGGCAUUUGUUUGGACGAAUGUAGAAUUCAACGAAAAACAGAUGCUACGGUCGUAGUUUGGCACCCGAAGAUGAAAGCGCUCGCGUCCGGCUGGGAGGAUGGAUGCGUCGCUGUAUGGGGCCUUACGAUGCCGCCGAACAGCAGCGGGCAUGGCCGUGCACCCGUCCGCAUUGCCAUGUGGAACCCACUAGCGACGAGGUUGGUGACCGGCGAUGCUGCGGGCGCUAUUACAGUCUGGAAGGUGCUUCCCAUGAUACAGUAUAGCAUCAUCCAAGCGGAGGGUCUCAUAGGCCGACACACGUGCCAGUCUUUCUGUUCUAAAAGGAUACUCUAUCGGGUCAGGAAUCACUUGCUCCGCGGCCUCCCGCGAAUAGCAUCAAAAGUGUCGAGGCUUGAAUUGGCACAGGCGCGAGCUGAGACCCUAGCUCAAGCUUUUUCACCCGCUUUUUUCAUUGGCACCCGUAGUGGGUCGCUAUAUUAUGCAGAUGAUGUGGGUCAUACUACGGAGGUCCAGGCUCUUGGUGCACGCAUCGAUCAUAUGCUUUUUUUUGAAGCGAAAUCACGCCUGGUCCUACUUACCCGCGCCCUUGUCCUUGUCCAACUCCAAAUUGGUAGCGACGGCAAAGUUAUUCCAGUAAUGAAGAUGAAAGUUGCCGUCGCGGGUGGAGCAGCAGAGCGUGGCAUCAAGCACAUCUGCUGGGCUGGACCUGGCGUCAUUGCCGCUGCAACUGGGGAGGCAUUGAUUCGCUUCUGGAACUUGGCAAAUGAUGAGACUUAUGUGAUCACCCUCACUUCCGCAGGACUUGAUCGCAGCUCGCGGGUUGCCUCUGUGGCAUUCAACCCCCUCCAACGCUACCUUGCUGUUGGGACGCGAGACGGUAGCAUUGCAAUGUGGCGCUUUACGGGAGACUAUCAGGAUGCAAAGUUGGCGAUAGAUUGGGAGGCCAUGCCCCAAUCGACAGCUUGUGGAGGCAUAUCAUCAAUAGAUGUGAUGGCGUGGGGGCCUGGCCAGGGUCUCCUCGCUGCUGCUGCUCCCGAUGGCUCGACCUCGCUUCUUUCAGAGACGGUCCUUCACCGCCUCCUUCGAGCAGACGUCGGCGUUAUUCAACUCUCCACUGAUACUGUCAGGGUCGAGCGGCAGAACGGUGCAAGUGUCCUUCUGACAACGGACCUUUCUAUUCGAGGCCUUGCUGUUGUUGUGUGGAACGGACAGGAAGCUCGAGUCUAUGAAUGGUCAGAUGAAAUGGGCGACGCAAAGCCAAUGGAAACAGCCAGAUUCCCUACUACAGCUCGUGCCAUUGCCCUCCGAGAAGAGACCCUUUUUCGUGCAUCGAACAACCUAGUUGAAUUGUGCAACCUUCAAGGCAUCGUACGUCAAAAAAUUACCUUUUCAGAGGGUGAAGGUUCUCCGACACACCUUGAUGUCAACGGUGACUAUCUCGCUGUUGCAACUGACACUGGAUUAAUCAAGAUAUAUCAAGUGACUAGGCGUGAACCCAAGCAGCUUGGCUCUCCAGGACUUUCUGCAGAAGAAUCUGCUCGCGGCCAUGCCAUUCGCUCUAUCCGAUGUAAUGCAGAUGGGACGCGUGUGUCGAUCCUGGCUGAUCAUGUACGCAGCAGCGAGGUAGACAACGAAGUGUGUAGAACGGGAGAGGGGGCGCUUAGAGAGCUCGAAAAAUUAGUUUGGACAUUAUGCGUGUCUGUUUCAAAGGUGCAUGGUGUUUCAGUUCGAAUCCGUGAGCCUGACUCGCGUCUUCAUAAAUAUUUCCCUCUUUGCUUGCACGAAGGCAAAAUUUCAGGCCCCAACGACAGCGCCGAGACACGAUCCAGCGUGUUGCAACGAAAACUUGCGCGUAAGGUUACAGAAGAAGCGGGACCAAUCAUGGAAGUUACCACGCUCUUUGUCACGGCUGAAUAUGGUAUAUUACUGCAAGACACAUUUCCACUUGAGCCGCCGUUAGAGGCACUGUUGGGGGUUCAAGUUCCCCGCCUGUUUUUCACACGGUGUGGUGGAGCGCCUACACUUGAAGCUGGCGAUGCUGAUGCUGAGGAAGGUAAUGUAAACAAGAAUAUCGGCGAACCAGCUGAUAACGUUGGGUUGUGCGGUCGCGUUAUGCGAGAUUUUGUUGGUCUUGAUGACGCAGAUGCACGAACCCGGUCUGCGCUGCUUGAUUUUUCGUUCUAUCUAACAGUUGGGAAUAUGGAUGAAGCACACCGUGCGGUGCGUCUCAUCAAAUCUCCGUCCGUCUGGGAGAACAUGGCACACAUGUGUGUCAAGACUAAGCGCCUAGAUGUUGCAGAGGUUUGCCUUGGCCAUAUGGGACACGCUCGUGGUGCUGCGGCGGUUCGCGCUACCAAGAAUGAUGUUAUUGAGCUGGAAGCCAGGGUCGCCUCUGUUGCCGUGCAACUCGGGCUCCGAAAUGAUGCUGCGCGGCUCUAUCGCGAAUGUAGGCGCUUUGACCUCUUGAAUGAGCUCUACCAAGCUGCUGGGGAGUGGGAGUUGGCCUUGGAUACUGCAGCUCACUCUGACCGCAUUCAUUUGCGCUCAACGCACCACCGCUAUGCGAGACACUUGGAAGCACUCGGUUCAUAUGAUGGGGCUGCACGACAUUUUGAACUUGCAGAUACCCACCGGCGGGAGGUGCCCCGUGUGCUGGUUGCCCGGGGUGAGCAAGCAGCACUUGAGCAUUACGUCAUGCGCGCAAACGAUGCAGAGCUGCUAAAAUGGUGGGCUGGCUACUGUGAAUCUCUUGGUCAUCUUGAUUCGGCGCAGCACUGCUAUGAGUCGGCUGGCGAUCAUUAUUCGCUAGUUCGGGUGGCUUGUUUCUCCAAUGAAACAAAUCGCGCUGCGGAAAUUGUCCACGAAUCUCGCUCCACCGCUGGUGCAUAUCACCUUGCUCGUCAUUUGGAGGGUCGCGGCGACAUUAACGAGGCUAUUCAGUACUUUGCGAAGUCUGGAUGCUACAAUCACGCAAUCCGCCUCGCACGACAGUAUCAGCUAGAUACAGAUCUUCUUCAAUUCUCCAUCAAAGCACGGCCAAGCCUUCAAGUUGACUGUGCAAAUUAUUUCGAGCAAAAAGGUGAAUUUGAGAAGGCGGUUCAACUGUACCAGAAAGGCGGCGAGCUUGCAAAGGCCCUUGACCUGUGCUUCAAGGUCGGCGGCGCGGGGCGCGCCCAGAUGUUUGAGGUCCUUUCCAAUAUUUCCAAGGAACUUGAUGACACAGCUUCACCAGCUGUGGUGGCACGUUGUGCCGAAUUUUUCGUUGAGCAUGGCCAGUAUGAAAAGGCAGUCAAGCUGUAUAUCACUGGUGGUCGGUAUGCCCAGGCAAUCGCUCUGUGCUCAGAGCGCCACGUCGCAAUCACGGACGAACUCGCCGAGGCGAUGACCCCGCCCAAGCACGAAGAGGCGACGAGCGAAAGCAAUGCAUUUUAUGCACAACGCAAGUCAACCCAACACAUUGCCAAGAGGCUUAGUGCUGAGGAGCGAGUUGAGGUACUGCUUGAGCUAGCACGCGCAUGCAAAAAGCAAAACUCUUUCCAGCUCGCAUGCAAGAAAUUCACUCAGGCUGGAGAUCGACCUCGUGCCCUCAAAUGUCUCUUAAAGAGUGGUGAUACGAAAAAUAUCAUCUACUAUGCAUCUGUGAGCCGGCAUCGCGACAUCUACAUACUUGCAGCAAAUUACCUUCAAUCUCUGGACUGGCAAUCAGGAUCGGAAGCCGCGGCCGAACUCACCAAAAAAAUAGUUGAGUUCUACACCAAGGCGCGUGCCCACGAACCCCUGGCCGCUUUCUAUGAUGCAUACGCACAAAUGGAAAUAGAUGAAUUCCGAGAUUACGAAAAGGCGCUCGGAGCACUCAAGGAGUCCAGGCAACAACUCGAAAAGGCCCGCAAGAUGGUGGACCGUGAGCGCCGAAUCACUGCUUUGGAGUCGCGCAUUUCAAUCGUCUCGGACUUUGUUGAGGCCAGGCGAUAUGAAAAGUCAGACCCUCAGAAGAUGGCUGACGUGUGCACAGCCCUGUUGCAACGACAUGAUGUUGAAUCCGUAAUUCGCCGUGUCUAUACAUGUGUUGAACUCAUCAUCAGAUUUUCAUCUUUCACUUAG